GCAAAGGACAGAGGGAGUAUCUCUUGGAAGACCAGUGAGUGCUCAUUAACAAGGAGUGCCUGAAUACGAAGACAGUUGCCUUGGUUAUACAAUUCUUGCAUUAAUUUAUAUAAUAAACAUUUCUGACCAAGACAUCAAUUAUAGUGGAUGAACUUCUGACAUUCAAGGGUGUCAAUUUUAGAUGAAGUAAGACGAAAUUUCAUAUUGAAGAUGAAUAAUUACAUAGACGCAAUUGAUGGUGUAUUGGCACAGCAUGAAGGCUUGACCCGAUCCAGAAGCAUAAGUAGACCGACUGCCAAGAAUAUCUAUCAACAAAGGAAAGACUACGCCCAAUCAUUAUCUACAACAUCUACCAACUUUCAGCACCGAGUAGAGCACCUCUUGACAUGUGAUCUGGAUAAUGAACUUCGCAAUGUAGAAGACUGUUUGAAACAUCUUAGUUUCCUUGAGGCACAGGGAAGAAUAUGGGGUCAAGGAUUGAUUCUACAGUUGGAUAACGGAGAAAUAUUACUGAAGGACCCAGAAACAAAGGACACUCUGGAGCAAGUGCCUCUGAAAAAUGUUGAUAACUCCAGUUCUGUGUUGGGAGGCUCUACAUACAAUUCCCUUCUCACCAUUAAAGUUCAGAGUCAACAGAAAACAAGCAUCUUCUUCUUCCAAUGUGAUGAACAGCCAGCUGAUGUUCUUCAUGCAAACCUGGAAAAGACAUUAAAGCAAUUCAGAUUAAACAGAGAAAGCAAGGAUACCUACAGGUAUAACUUAGAGAACUCCCAGCCUCAAAAUCAUUUUUUUGGACGGAGUCAAUCGCCACAGUCCAGUGGAGACUUGGACAGUAACAGAUUACAAAGGCAACCAAUCUACUCCCCUCAUGAAUCUCCUAUUCAGCAGACAAGAUUUGAGCACCUUGAAGCAUUCCAUCCUCCUCCAAGCACCAAGCCUCCUCCAUCCUUCCAACCACCCCCUCUCAAUUCAGAGACAGAGAGAGAACGUGAUAUUGAAGUUUUGAAUCAUGUCCUUGGUGACAUUGAGUUAUUUGUUAGAAAACUGAAUAUUGAUAAGAAGAAAAAGAAAGCAAAGCUUCCUGAUUCAGAAUUUUUAGACUGUCUGCAGAAAGUCAAAUAUGCCUUUAUUUUAUUGGGAAACGUCCACGAACGAAUGCAGCAACCAAGUGCUUCUGAUCUCAUCCAUUUGGUUAUGGAUACUCUGGCCAAGAUUGUGGGGAAAUGUCCAUGGAAAGACUUGCCACAGUCUGUGGUAUCUCCACUACUUACUCAGAAAGCACUGAUGCUUCUGAGUUCUUGUGUGACAGACAAAGAGAAAAAAUUCUGGGAAAGCUUGGGGGUUGCCUGGAUGAAGACCAGAGCUGAAUGGCCAAAUGGAAAGAAUAUUCCUCAGUAUUUUCCAACUUUUUCUGAUGGGUGGAUCAUCCCUGACAUCCCCUUUAGUGAUGUUUCAUCCCAGAAGUCACAUAGUCCAGGAACACCAAUACGCAACAGGAACUUUCAGCCACUUCUUAUGAAUGUCCUUCAUGACUUUGAAGCAAGAAAUAAUCGCGAACUGUCAGUAAGGAGAGGCGAUAUUGUGAAGGUUUUGGACCAAAGCCGGCAGUGGUGGAUGGUGCAAAAUUCUCAGAGCCAUCAGGGAUUUAUUCCAAGCAACAUCCUGGAGAAUACAGAUGAUCGUCAGGUACUGUGAAGGAAAGAACUGAGGAAGUUAUAUAGUUUCUGACCCUUGCAACCAGAGACCAUUAUAAAUCCCAGAAAGAAAACGGAAGAAAAACAAGACAAAAUAUACAACAUAUAAAUAAUUUACAGAUUUACACAAUAUGUUCAUUUUAGUUUGAACCUCUUCUUGUUUUUUGGAACCAGGAUUUAUGAAUGCUUCAUGGAAUGGAUGACUUUCUCCCAGUCAAAUUUUACAUAUUUAUACUUGCCCACCUAUGGAUGUGGUUGAAUUGUGCUAGCAUGAUUGAAUACUAAACAGCAUAACUAUAUUUUAUUUCAAAUGCAAUUAUAUCUUUAGAAAAUAUCAGUUUUCCUAAUUCAGAUUUAAAGUUUUGGCCUUUUGCUUUGGUAACAAAGAUAAGAAAGGAGACUAAUAAAAGACAUGACCUGUG